CCCAGUGCAGGCGUCAGGCUUCUCUGGACGUGAUUGAGUUCCAGGAGCAGCAGCAGCGGCAGCAGCAGCAGCAGCAGCAGCAGGACAGCAGCAGCAGCAGCAGCAGCAGCAGCAGCGGGAAGCGCCUGACUGAAGAGCAGGCCCUGGCAGUGCGGCGCAUUUUAGCAGCAAAAGGGAGAGGCUGCUCUAUGGUUCUGCAGGCGGGGCAUCUCGGGGGUUCAGAUGCUUUAAAAGUGGCUCAAAAGAAAUAUCGCGUUUUGGCCCUGCAGGUCCACCCAGACAAGAACCCUCACCCACUUGCAGCAGAAGCCAUGCACCUGCUGACUGCGGCGCUGCAAGAAGCAACGACUCUAUUCCGCCGGUCUUCGCACUCUGCUGGCCGACUCUAG